CUCCUUGCGGCGGGCCCCGCCUCCUCUUUGCCCCCGCCGCGGGCGCGCGAUGGAUCCCGGUUGCUGGUUGUUCGGCGGCGAGUUCGAGGACUCGGUGUUCGAGGAGAAGCCAGAGCGGCGGUCAGGACCGCCGGCGUUCUACUGCGCCAAGCGCUGCGAGCCGCAGUGGUUUUAUGAAGAAACGGAAAGCAGUGAUGAUGCUGAAGUGCUGACUCUCCGGAAAUUCAGAGGAGACCUGGCCUACAGACGGCAAGAGUAUCAGAAAGCACUGCGCGAGUAUUCCAGUAUCUCUGAAAAAUUGUCAUCAACCAAUUUUGCCAUGAAAAGGGAUGUCCAGGAAGGCCAGGCUCGAUGUCUGGCUCACUUGGGUAGGCAUAUGGAAGCGCUGGAGAUUGCUGCAAAUUUGGAAAAUAAAGCAGCCAACACAGACCAUUUAACCACGGUACUCUACCUCCAGUUCGCUAUUUGUUCAAGUUUGCAGAACUUGGAGAAAACAAUUUUCUGCCUGCAGAAACUGAUUUCUCUGCAUCCUUUUAAUCCCUGGAACUGGGGCAAAUUGGCCGAAGCUUACCUGAAUCUGGGGCGAGCUCUUUCAGCAGCACCUGCGUCAUCUCAGAAACAGCACAGUUUCACCUCAAGUGACAAAACGAUCAAAUCCUCCAUUCCACACUCAGGAAAAGACUGUCUUUUGUGUUUUCCUGAAACCUUGCCUGGGAGCUCUUUAUUUUCUAUGGAUGCAAGUAGCAGUAAUAGCCAGAAAAAUGAGAAUGCUCUUACAAAUAUCCAGAACUGCACGGCAGAAAAGAGAGAAGCAGUGCCGCUAGAGACUCAGCUGAAAGCGUGUGCCUCUUUCGUGCGAACCAGGCUUCUGCUUCAGUUUACCCAACCUCAGCAAACAUCGUUUGCUUUGGAGAGGAACUUAAGGACUCAGCAGGAAAUUGAAGAUAAAAUGAAAGGGUUCAGCUUCACAGAAGACACUUUGCUGUUGAUAGCCAAGGCAACUCUGCCUUCCCGGGGCUCCAAACCUCAGUCAGAAGGGAAACCAGUCUCGUUUACUCUGCGCUGAAAGCUGCCGCGCGGAGGUGCCAUCACAGCUGCUGCACAGGCCUCAGGAGUCGUGCUGGGGACCCGUGUUCGUCCUCCAAACCUCGGUCAAAAGGGGAGCCGGCCCUGUUUACUCUGCUCCAAGAGCUGCCGCGCCGAGGUGCCGGCGAAACCGCUGUGCCCGCCACAAGAGUCGCGCUGGCGACCCGUGUGACUCCUCCACUGGGGAUCUUCUGCUCCGUGAGCGACCAGACUGUCUGAAAGUGUGGCGUCCUUUAGUUCUCUGCACUUUCACUGAGAGCUGCAAUCCCGAGAUGUUAGCGAUCGGCCAUCUUGGACCGUUCCCACUUAAGUAUCCUUCUAUGUUACCAUACUUUCUGAAGUUUAUGGGUUUUUUUUUUUUGGCAUGUGGAAGUUUAAAAUGUUUAUGUGGCUGAAUAUUUGGCAGAUUUUUUGACACUUUUUAUAUUGUGCCUGCUUCUUCCUCUUUUGGGAAUAGUGUGUUUGGAUAUUACUAUUAUUUACUUAUCUUAUUUUUAAGAAAGGUGUUUUUGGUAUUUUAUUCCAGAUUUUAAAAUACUACAUUUCAUUGAAUUCAGGAAAUCAUCAAUUGUAAGCAUAUUAUUUGAUAUAUCACCAAAAGAAAAAUAAGAUAGCAUUUACACUGUCACAUAGAACGUCACUCAAAAGAUUACCAGAUACAUCUUUUUUUUUUUUUUUUAAGACAGGGUCUCACUCUGUCUUCCCAGGCUGAAGUACAGUGGCACAAUCAUAGCUCACUGCAGCCUCCAACUCCUGAGCUCAAGGCAUCUUCCCACCUCAGCCUCCCAAGUAGCUGGGACUGUAGUUGAGUGCUGCCAUGCCCAUUUUAAAAAACUUUUUGGCCAGGAGCAGUGCUUCACACCUAUAAUCCCAGCACUUUGGGAGACCAAGGUGGGCGGAUCACUGGAGGUCAGGAGUUUGAGACCAGCCCAGCCAACAUGGUGAAACCCCGUCUCUACUAAAAAUAUAAAAAUUAGCCAGGCGUGGUAGCACUUGCCUAUAGCCCCAGCUACUCUGGAGGCUGAGGUAGGAUAAUUGCUUGAACCCAGGAGACAGAGGUCACAGUGAGCCAAGACUGUGCCACUGUACUCAAGCCUGGGUGACAGAGCGAGACUCUGACUCAAAAAAAACCCAAUUGUUUAUAGGGACACAGAUCUUGCUCUGUUGCCCUGGCUCCUGUCUAACUCCUGGCCUUAAGCAAUCAUCCUGCCUCGACCUUCCAAAGUGUUGAGAUUACAGGUGUGAGCCACCACACCUGGCUCAGAUACAUUAUGAUUUCAGAGAUAUUAAAAUACAAAAACAAAAAAUAUCUUAGAACUGACAAAAUACCAGGCUUUAGGAAAUGCUGACUGUUGCCUAGUGAAGCUUGGUUCUCAUUGGCAAUUUCCUCAAACAACGUAUAAUCUUUGAAGACUUAAACCCAGUCCUCAGAACCAUUCUUUGAGCUUGCCUCUAAUUCAUUAUAGGUUGAGUUUUCAUGAACACAUUCCAUAUCCGGGUUUCAGGAACUUUAGAGAUUAUCUAAUGCAAGUCUGUGUAGAUUAAAUUCCUUCUGUGACAUCCCUGCUCCAUGCCUACAUAACCUUUCAUGCCAGAUGGUAGGAAAUGUUUUGGAACUUAAUUUUAGUUCAUUGUCAUUACCCAAGGUCAGUCUGCUUAUUUAAUGGGUUCAGGUACAAGCUUUCUACAACCUGGCUUUGUGAUGUCUUCUCAAAGAAACUAACCCACAGUCUGGCGACGAGACCCGGUGUUCAUCUGGGCCUAAUUCUUACCAGGAGGGGGCAGUAUUGGACCUUCAUCGGUAACCAGCUCCUUAAAUCCCCAAGAUUGCUUUGGUUAUACAGGGAUUAGAGUCCUUUGGGGUCAGGAGAGGGUGGGCCCAGCUACUUGCUACAGUUGCAUUCUCACCAACAGAAUAUGUUCUUUAAUACAAAAAGGGUGACUCAGUACUCCUGGUAAACCAAAUAGUACUGCUGCCACAACAGCACCUACGCGACUCAUUCCGGGAGAAUGACAGUGGAAAUAGGGAAUAUUUUACUUGUCCUUGGAUAACUACUUCUGAACAAAUACCUUUUCAAUUUGUUGGAAAUCUCCCCUGGCUGCUAAAGUAUUUUCGGCCUUAGUAUAAAAGCCUUUACAGCUGAUGACUAGCAUUCCAUGUCUGCUGCCUCUUUUAUUGGACAGUUGUUUUUUUGUCCUGCUACAGGUUAUGGGAGAAGAUAUCCCAGAAAAAAUAAAAGAGGACGUUCACCCAGAGGUGAGGUGCGUUGGCUCCGUAGCCCUGAGUGCCCUGGUGACCGCAUCCUCGGAGGAAUUUGAGGACAAAUGGUUCAGAAAGAUCAAAGACCAUUUCUGUCCAUUUGAAAAUCAGUUCCAUACAGAGAUACACAUCUUGGCUUAAUGGGUGAUGAAAAAGCCGCGAACAUCUUGUACUGUGUUAAUUGUCCUUGUUUACCUCACACAGGGUCCAUUGCAAAUCAUGGAGUAUAACGAAUUAAAAAUGAUUAUUUAUGUUUUAUAAAA